AUGGGCUCUUAUCCUUCUUCGUUUAAUCAAAACGGAAGCGGCUCUUUUCAACAUCCAAGAGCAAGCGCCCAAUACUCAGUGGAAACAAACCGCUCCAUACCUCACAAAAAACCACCUCCCAUCAAAAUACCUAAAAAUUCAAGAGAACUCGACUUCAGAUAUAUUGACCCGAAUGACGACCCUCCUAUUGAUGAAGAUAAAAUUCGAUCGUUUUCGCCUCCUCCCUCUCGAAGGUACCUUUCAGAAGAGAGUAACAAUGAUGCCACAGAGGACGAUCAAAAUCAUGGUCAACAAAUGACAACCACCUCAGAUCAAGAAACAUCUUUUAAAAUUGGUGAGGAUGAUGACGAGUUUGAGGCUUACAAAAAUAUUGUAAAUGUUGAAUCAGAGGACGAAGAUGGAUCAGAGUGUUUGAUGGGAGACAGCAACGUUGUUCAAAUUUUCUCGAUAGCAAAUCCCUUUUUGUAUCUACGAUCCACCAGUUGCAGAUACAGCCCAGCAGUAGGACAUUUAGCCACAAACGGCUCGACCACAUCCUCUGAUUCAGGCUCAUUUUCGUCCAUUGAGGGUGAUAGCCUUUCUCCAACUACCAACCUUACCAUUUUCUCAAGCCCUAUCCUAAAUUCAAAGCAAACAUCUCCAAUCUCUACAAAAACAAAAAAGAGAAGAAGUCAUUCUCUAAUGCCUCUUCAACCAAUUGCAAGACCAAUUUCCCAAGAGUCCUCUUUGUGCGAGGUGUUAGAACAAUCCUCAGCCUCAACUCGAGCAAGAAGUCGAAGUGUUUCAGAUACUCCCACUAUUAACUCACCUGCCACCUUAAACACGAACACGCCGUUCGAUCAAUCAUCCACUCAAUCACCCUCCGAAACACCAUCUAACAGAUCUUCUCCAAGGUCUAAACAAACACGAAACUCUGUAUUCCAAAAUACCAGAACCAAUUCUCCACCACCAACAUUUUCAAUAACUAUAUCUUCGCCAGCAGAGGAAGUUGCAGGUACAAAGCUCAAGUCGAAACAAGAACCCGUCAUUUCAAGCAACUUGAACGAAUAUAAAAUUGGAAAGUCUACCUCUAACAAAGGAGAAGUACAAGAGUACAAUCUCUCAGAAUUUAAAAUGGGAGCAUCAUCGAAAAAGAAGGGUGACGAUCUUUUAAAACUUGCCAAUUCUCCUGUAGGACCCCAAAAGACACAGAAGAAAGUUAAUUUUAUGGGACCGCUUGUGGAUAUUUUGGUUCAUGGAGGGCUUGGAGUUCCCACUAAUCACAAAAUACGAAGACAUUCCUACACACCAGCUCCCAAGUUAAGCUCAAACGACUUACUACAGGAUCAACCAAAGACACCUUCUUCACCUUCUAAAUCGCCUCUCUCUCCAACUCAAUCGCCCUUGUCUCCCUCUUCGAACAAACCAAGCUUUUUAUCACCAAACUCAUUGUUGACCCCGAAUCCUUCACAAUCAAAAAAGAGAGAGUUACGAAAAUCAGUUGCUGAUAUUUCACACCCUGAACCUGUGCCCAUUGAGCCCUCGCCAAAGUUGUUUGUAGCAACCAUCAGUAAAACAAGAAGAAUGUCUCUGAAAGAUGAGAAUGCAGAGCGAUUGAACGAUUUAUUGCUAAGACAAAAGUUAAAUCAAUAUAAAGUGUAA